AUGGCAUCGCCGUUUGAAUCUUCUCUUGUUGCCUCUGGCCAUGGCGAGGUCGUCCUCACUCUUCUUCCACCGUCCAUCCCAAGCCUUACAACUCUAUCCUACAAAUAUCCCUUGAAGCUGCUCACCCACUCGCCCCGUUUCCUUCCCCAGUCAUCCGCCCUGCCAUGCGUUUCCCGGCCGGUCCACCUCUAUAUCCUCAGUUACGGCGGCGGCCUGCUGCCCGGCGAUGAAAUCUCCGUCUCCAUCAUCCUCAACCCGCAAACGAGACUGGUGAUCAGCACUCCGCAAGGAUGUAACAAAAUCUACCGCACAGAGGCCACGAGCAAGGCUCGGAGCCGACUCGCAGUUCCCGCGAAUGGCCUGCACAGAAUGAGCCGGCAAAUCCUGGACGUCCGCAUCGAGAGACAGGCCGCACUCUGUUACUUGCCCGACCCGAACGUGCCAUUCAAAGACAGCCGCUAUGAGCAGGUCCAGAUGUUCACCGUGGAGUGGGCAACCGAGGCCAGCAACCGCAGUAGCCUCUGCGUGUUGGACUGGGUCACAGAAGGACGAACCGCACUGGGCGAGAAGUGGGAUUUCCAACUGUGGCGAGGGAAGAACGAAGUGUGGACUGUGGAUGGAACGGGGGCCAAGAAGCUCCUGCUGCGCGACUCGAUCAUACUUGAUGCAGAGUCGGAAGAGCAAGCAGGAGAGACGUGCGCGAGCACUGGCACGGGCCUUAUUCGCCAACGCACUGGAUCGAACAGCAUCAUCGGGACUUUGAUUCUCUACGGACCUGUGUUUGAGAAGCUGGCAGCCUUCUUCAUGCACCGAUUUCAGUCGCAGCCUCGUAUUGGAUCCCAGAACUGGUCGUCAUCCUCGCAGAAAGCGCCGCCUUUGCCGAAUGUCGAAACAGACGCGGUAUGGACUGCUGCGCGGGUGCGAGCCAGCUUUGUGAUCGUCAAGUUUGGCGCAAAGGAUGUGGACGGAGCGAAGAGGUGGCUGGGUGAUCUUCUGCGGGAAGAGGGGAGCAUUGCAGCAGAGUUUGGUGAAGAAGCUUUGCUGUGUUUGUAA